AUGGGGAAGCCUUCAAAAAGACGGGCAGAGCCAAAACCAGAAGAAGCAGUUGAGUGUCCGAGAUCCAAGGUAUCUGUGCAAGGCUUGUCGGAGGCAUUGGACCAAAGGUGCACUCUCCGGAAUGUUACGGUGGGAGGCGGCUGUCGGGAAAACAAGAAAUCUUCUUCUCCUUAUUCUUCUUCAACAUCAUCAAAGAAGAUCAAAGAUCAAACAUUGACACAACUAAAUACCAAACCUCUGAUCAAUACCCAUCACGAUCACAUUGACACCACCGAUGAUCUCAGACAACGAUACGACCACCAUGAUUCCGACCACCUUUCUUGCUUUGGAAACCCUAGCCAUGACGUUGCUGGUUCAGUUGCCGACCUUCUCUUCCUUGGAAACUUCGACGAUUUUCAGGGUUUUUGGAAUGACACCUUCGGUGAAAAUGGGGAUCCGAGCGUGGGUUUUAAUGGGGAAACCAUGAUGCUUUACAAUAACGAAGAUAUGAGUGGUUCGACAUCGACGACGACAACGACGAUAACAUCGGAUGUAGGCGCGGUUGCGACGAUGAAACAAGACGGCCCUGAGAAUGGAUCGGACUUAUGGAGUUUGCCGUGGCAACUCAUUGAAGAUGCCGGUGCCGGUGGUAAUAAUAACCACAACGCCAUGGCGGUGGGUUUUGAUCUUGAUUCAGUAACAGAUAACUGGCAUGACUUCUUUCAUAGUAUUUGA